AUGACGAACGGGAUGACACCCGAGAAUUGCCGAACAGGGCCGAAUCGCGACCGACGGCCGAAACGCGGGCAGCUGCGACUCCGUACGGACAAAGAAUACUCUUGGAGCAUACAGUCACCGCGCGGCGAGCACACUCACCACGGGGCAGUCCGCCGAACCAAAGAAAGGAACGACAAAGUGAUCGAGGAGCAUACAUGUAUACGUACAUGUACGGUACAUGCACGCGAAACGGAGAAACGAAGAAGUGGAGAGAAAGAACGUAGUGAAGCUCGUGGUGAAAACAAGUGGAAGGGACACAGGAUAGGGACACGGUUAACAGGAAGAACGAGGACGGCAGAGACAGUGUGUCAAACGGUUGCCGCGACCAGAGUUCCUUCGUCUCGUCGUGUCGAUAUUAUCGGUGAUCGUGGAUGA